UGAACGGUUCGACGGACAGUAUUUUCUUAUUUUGCAUAAUUUUCUAGAUCUAUAUGCUAUAAAUAUUCAUAUAAAACGUUUUACAACCCCGAAUUUUAAAAAUUUGUGUAUUUAUUUUUCUCUCAAUUUCGGAAACGACAGAAAUAUGACGCUAAACCUGGCUUUAUAGGUUAGGAUUCGUGGUAAAAUUUAUUCACACCAAGAAAGGCUCGGAAUAUGGAAAAGAAGACUGGAUCAAGAUAUCCAAAACACUCGACAUGAUAAUAUGUUAAAUAGAUGAUUUUUCUAAAAAAUUGAGAAAAACGAAAGACGAAAAUGGAGCGAGGGAAAACUGGAACAGGUCGAGGUGCAAAGAGCAAAAUUGCUCACCAUCCUGCAGAUUUAUUUGCACUGGGGUCGAAAAGCAGUCGCAGUGACAGUACCGAUUCCAAAAGGCCUGGCGUUAUUCAUGGAAAAUCCGGACCUAGCAGUUCCAGUUCGGUCUCAGACCGAAAGAAGGAGGCACCCUCAGGAUCUCUGCAGUCGAUGAUACCGACGAAAAAGCAAAAAUUGUCGACUGCCGCUACACAUCAGCGUGUUCCACCAUCGAGCGCAGAAGCAUGGGAAGUGGUAGCAAUUGAUUGCGAUCCUCCUGAUUUAGUUCCAAUGGUCCUGGAAGCCAAUGACAACGACGAGGGUGACAAAGUCAUUGGCGUAAUAUGCGGUGCAAUAAAGAUCUUGAAAAAUCAAAGAUGGAAGCCCGAUACUUUGCUCUAUAUGGGGUUGAUGUAUUUGGCAAAAAUACGUCCUUCCAUCUUUUCGAAUGACUGCAUACUACACGCUUUGUCUUCCUUGUUGAAGCGAGAUCAGAGCCUCAAUUUCAAGAGCAAAGGAAAUCCGCUGGUUCCUGUUCUCGCUGCUAAUUUGCUCAUGAGGGGCUUCCACGACAAGAAAAACUGGCCCGAAGGAUUUAUCAAGCUUUAUAUCGAAGAUGCCCUCGGGGAUCGAGUUUGGGUCGACAAUGACGAGUGCAAAGGCUUCGUCGAAAACAUUUUAACCGGCUUCAACACCCGAAUUCCCCCAAAGAGUGCCUUACAGUUUGAGUUGAAUUUAUUAACGCCACGAGACAGUCACAGUCCCACGACGAUGGAAGAUGACGAAACGGGAGCUUCAUCGCUUCAGCUUCCAGGUGGAGAUAAAACCGAGUUUACAGUCGGUCCAAGAUACGCCCACUGCCUCGACAAUAUCGAACAAAUUGUCCUCGAGGUCGUGAAAGAGCAAUUAAAUCGUCGACAGCCGGAUUCAAUAACCAGGAACUUUCUGCGACUCCUAUCUACCACUUGCGGCUUCGUGGAAAUUCGAAAUAUUGUCGUAUCGAGGCUCGAAAUGUGGAUGCACAAUCCAAAAAUCUCGAAACCAGCUCAAGAACUUUUGGUCUACGUCUGCUACAAUUGCACUUCUCACACACAAAGGGACGUGGAAGUGAUCGGUCAGCUGGUGAAGAUGCGACUAAAAAGUAAAAGUGUGAUUAAUCUCUAUCUGAAUGGUGUCAAAGAGUUGAUUGGUUUGCAUCCAGAAAAUUUGUCAACAAUACUGAAACACACGAUUUAUAAUGAACUCUCGACAUCGAGGAAUCCCAAUAAUAUGCCUGUGCUCGGAGUUAUGUUUCAGUCGACUCCAGACGUAUCAGCGAAAUUACUCGCUGAAAUAUUCCAAGAUUUAUUGAUGAAUCGGGAGGAUUUUUUGCGCCCGCUGCGGACAUUGUUGAGAGAAAUAAUCCGUGUUUGUCGACAGGAUUUGAAUUUGAUUACUUUUGCGAAAACACUGAUGGCUGAGAGACAAGAUUUGGCGCAACAGUUGCGAACUUUUGAAUUUAAGGAUCGUGUUUUCACGUCGAUUAUGGAUUUGCUUAGUCUCUGCAUGUUCCUGGGAAUCAGUCCUCAGGUGAAAGAAGUUGCUGUCCAGGUUCAGCGCGGUGAUAAGAAGGAUGUGGCGAUUUUACAUCAGUUUCAGAAACUCGUGGCCACGAUUCAGCAUGAAACUGUACUUUGGCUGCAAGCAGCAGCACCCAAAUUGUACGGAAUUGGAAAAGAAAACUUGCUGCAUGCACUUCAAAAGAUUCUGCUGUUAGAACCAUCUGAUCAGUAUUAUAAACUGGACAACUGGCCUCCAGAACAGGACAGGGUAUUUUAUAUGAGACUUGUUUCUGAGAUUCCGUUACUCCAGUGCACGCUCAUGAAACUUCUCUGGGUCGGUCUCUCGAAAGAAAGUGGAAUCACGCACAUUGAGACAUUGGAGUUGGUUGAUCAGUUGAUUCGUAGAGCAGCCGGAAAUUCGACAGAAAGUCUUCCCACUUUGCAGGCUGAUAAUAUUAAUAUUAUCGAUUUAAUUUUCAAUCAUUGUACCUAUCAGGCACCUGAGUCGAUCAAUAUCCCCGUUGGCUAUCAUCCGCCAACCCUCGCGAUAUCAAAUCUCUACUGGAAGGGCUGGACAAUUCUCCUGAUUCUAGCAGCUCACAAUCCCACGACAAUCGGGGCCGAAGCCUGGAAUGGAUAUCCAAUUCUCCGAACCUUGAUGGAAAUGUGUAUCACCAAUCACUUCUCCUAUCCACCGCCGACAAUGGCUCUUCCAGAAAUCAUGGAACAAGAGCGCUCCAAGGAACUCCAAGUGGAAACUCUCGAAAAACACGAGAUUCUUGAGUAUGAAACGCACUUGGCAGCGGCAUCAACCAAAUGGCAGAUAUCCGAGCAAAACAGUUUGCUUCUCUCACAAGUUAUAACUAUGGAUCCGAAAGGCAUUGCCAGGAAGCCACCGCCCAUCAUUUUAGAACAGAUUCAAUCACUGAAUACGUCCCAUCGCCUUGGGCAUCUACUCUGUCGAUCAAGAAGGCCAGAUUUCCUCCUCGACAUCAUUCAACGCCAGCAGCAAAGUUCUUCUCAAAGUAUGCCGUGGCUUGCAGAUCUGGUCCAAAGCAGCGAAGGCUCAUUGAGUCAAUUACCGGUUCAAUGUCUCUGCGAGUUUCUUCUAUCUACCUCGACCCAGACUGCGGAAAAACAGCCGAGACAACAGCAGCUUCUCGCUCAUCUGCAAACUUUGCUCACCGAUCCAGGAGAGGACAAACUGCACGCUUACGAAGUACUUGAAUAUUUUCUGAGGAGAUUGAGUAGUCAGCAAACUGGUAGUCGCGUUCAGGCAAUCACUGGUUUGAAAAUGGUUCUUGAUUCAAUUCCUCUCGAGGAUGAACCUAUGGAAGUGGAGGGCAGAUCUGACAAUGAAGUCUGGCUUUUGCGAAAGCUUCCGUCGAUCCCACACUUUGAGACAGUUCGUUCUCUCGUUUCGACGGCUUUACGAGGAGCCUGUCAAGUCGAGAAUAAUCCCGAGUUAGUCCGGGUUUAUAUUCUCUAUCUCGCUGCUCAUACCGUUGAUGAUGAUCUUCCCGAUUUGAUUAAUCUCGCGAAUGAGAUCUCGCAACUUGUAGUUGAACGCGGCACAAUUUUGGCUGCGAUUCUACCUCAGCCGGACAACGAUACUCCCCAAUCGAGGCAGACACUUGAGGCCUUCAUGGAUAUAUUUUGGAACUAUCUGCAGAAAACUAGAGAACCGAGGGGAGAAGAUGAUCGAGAUUUCACCUGGUGUGAGAGUCAGGAUCUCAUCAAGGUUGAGUGGAAUAACCGGGAAUGUAUGAUGCACAUUCUCGUCGUGCAUGCGAUGAUCAUUCUUUUAGCUUACACUCCCUCCUACAAUGAAGGUAAAUUCAUGGAAUUGUUGAAUACCUGGUUUCCGGUCGAUGAACCUCCGCCGACCGCACGACUUCUGGACACUGGUGAACCGGCUUUAUUGAUUCCCGACUGGCUCAAACUGCGAAUGAUCAGGAGCAAUGUUCCGCGAUUAGUGGAUGCCGCUUUGGAGGGACUCGAUCCCACACAACUGGUGCUUUUCAUCCAGAGUUUUGGAAUUCCCGUUCCCGUGAUGACGCGGCUGUUGGAAUAUCUUGACGAGACUGUCCAGAGUGAUCCGGCCUCGGUGAAUGAAGUUGUUUUGGACAAGGUCUACAUGGCGCAGCUCGUCAACAUUCUGCACAUGCGAGGAGCCACUGGUGGACUAGUGUUUAUGCAAGUUUUGGAACUCCAGGUGCCGGAACUACCCGAAGAGAAUCCACUCGCGGUGGGAAAACUGGUGGAGGGUCUACCUCCGAGUGCAAUGGUUCAGAAGCAGUCAGUGAUUCAGUGCUCGGUGAAAACGGACGUGCCGCAUUUGAUUAAUCGGGUCUUCAUUGAACCCGUGCCCGCGAAUCAGAAGAUGGACGCGUUCAGGCGAUUGCACAAGACUCUUGUCAAGGAUUUACAGAAAUCGUCGAAGGAAAGUGGAUCUGUUAUUCUCGCAAUUCAACAUAUCCUGAGUGUUUUGAGUUCCAUGCAAGUGAAACAGUUUUUAGGCUCGUUGGUGAACUUGUCCAAGUUUUCUUGCACUCUGAUGCGAGUUUUACUCCUGCCGUUGAAGAAACCAUCGACGAUGAAGCAGGUGGUUGAUCUGGCGAGAAGCAUGUGUUUGAAUUUGAUUUCACUGAUUGGGGACGUGAAGGCGCCAAUUCUUCUCAUAUUGCGGGACUUUGCGAAUCUUCAAGUUUCCAAUGUUCCAAACAGGAAGGAACUGAUCAAUUUGACUCAUACGAGGGAUCCUGGCACUAUCUUGGAGAAUACGGAUUCGUUGAAUUUGGAGGAAGUGGGACGAAAAUUGCUGGACGUUUGUCUGAAGCAGCAGAAAAAUGAUAUCUUGGUGGAGGCGAUGGUGAAACUUUUGAUCUCGGACAGUAAUGAGGGGAAUGUCAAGCCGAGAACGGGAUUGCUGCUUGAUUGGCUGGCUUCUGUCGAGCCAGAAUUAAUUGGAACUUGUCGGAAUUUGCAGAUGACGCUUCUUUUUGGAAAGACGAAAAUGAAUAUUAAAAUUGACGAGAAUAUUGUUGUUCUGCACUCAUGCAGACCGUAUUUGCUUACGCUUCUUACCCACCGAGCCAGCUGGACGACUUUGCACAAGUGUGUGAGACAUCUUCUGGAGAAAUGCGAUGAGGCAUAUGAUCCCACAGCUGUCUUAGAUUUCCUCUGGGCUCUGACUUGCAACCCAAAACUCUGGCAGGGUCGUGAUAAAUUCACGCCAAAGCAUUACGUUCCAGAAGAUGUUUUGCUAUUGAGCGAAAAGCAACUUUUGAAUCUCGUCGCUUAUCUCGUUGAAGAAGCAAUUAAUAUUUGCAACCAAGAAAGCAGAAACGCAGCUCUCACUCGAAUGGAAUCGAGACUUGAACUUCUUCUUCACUGUCUUUCAACAGAAGAUCAAUUCAUUUCCAGUGUCGUUAGCUACUUGGCAGAAAAAAUGAUGAGCACUGAUAACAAAGUUCAUUCCGACAUGGCACAUCAGUUUCUCCUUCACCUUUACAUGAAAAUUCCAAAAGUCAUCUGCUAUCUUAACUCGUAUCAAGCGAAAAAAUUCGUCGACGGGGCCAGACUCACAGACUGGACUGGCUCAGUUUUGGAUUGUAUGAGCCAUUCUCUUUUAACCGCUCUGGCAGCCACUCCUCGACAAAAAUCCUGGCACUCGAAAUCCCAGGAGUUUGAACUCUGUGCGAGAAAAAUGGCAACAGUUCAUCCAAUCCUGGUUCUAAGACAACUGCCUAUGCUCGCCUCUUCUCUGACUGGCAGAACGUACCUCGAUUUCUCACAGUUUCGAUCCCAACACCAUUUAAACCUUUUCGUUCAAGUUAUGGGAUUGCUAGAAUUGCUGCAGCCUCAUCUUUUCAAUGAGGAACACAGAUCGGCUCUAGAAGACACUCUGGAAAAUUAUUUCCAGUGUUUCCAGCAUUACACUCCUUUCAAGGAACUUAUCCCGCUCUUUAAUCGGUUCGUGGCAUUGCUACAGGCCUACAUUUUACAUGGAGGCCAGAGAGCUUUGAAAUAUCUGCAGAAACACGCACAUGUUCUUUACGAUUUGCAAGCACGUCCAGCACUCAGUAGCUUGCGAACUUUGAUGUCGGGGAUUCCAGUCCCAAGAGAAGGCGACGAGGGAGACGAUACACUUAUUGUGGUCGCUCCUACUCCUCCUGCCCCAGAACCUCUGAUUCUACAACAAUUUUCGACUUCCCUUUCAACGCUCAGGAAACUUCACGGAGAUGACGUUCUUAGUGUUUUACACGAAAUCGAAAGCGCUUCUUCUCGCAAGCCAGCGAUUUUGGAGCCAAUAAUCGAUAAUAUUGCCGAUUUGCUCGUCUCGCCUCAAGGAAAUAUAAGAUCAAUGGCUCACAAUUUAAUAGCGCGAGUUUUGAAGCACAGACCUAGUCCUAAUUUGCACAUCUUGGCUGCUUUUCAAAGAUGUUUGGACAGUCCUCGAGCCGAUGUUCUCAUGUCAGCUUUGGACAGACUUCCGGAUAUUGUUCUUUGCAUGCAAGAACACGCUCUACCUCUUAUGCAGAAGGUGUUCGAGCUUGGUGUAAAUUCUAAUGUAAAUACAACCUCAUACAUUAACAAGAGCAUUGCUCUUUUGAAUACACAGCAAGGCUGUUAGAUUUAAAGUGUUGGAUUACCCCAGAGUUUUAUCCCAGAGUGUUUUUCCUGAGAUUUUCCCCUCAGUUUCAGCUUUCAGGUUCAUCUUUCAUCAUUGGU